UCAGCAAAAAAUGGCCCUAGUGCACCAUGUUUGGCCCACUAAAAUAAAAUAAAAUUUUUAAAAAACACGGGAAAAAACCAGCAUAGGGUUGGAUUUGCCCACAGAUCUUUACGAAUCUUUCCCCACCAUUCCCUAAUGCACCGCCACCUUUCCUGAGCCAUCCGAGUAUUGGAUCCGCGGUUCGAUCGCGGAAAACUUAUCUUUGAAGACGAACGAGGCUCUGCAUGUCGGUUAAAGUGCGCUAUGUGCGCGGUACUUUCCAGGUUUAUGACUCCCCUCUCUUUCUCUCUUCUGUACCAAAACGACGAGCUUAUGCUCACUCCUCACAAACCCUAAUUUCGUUCGAUCUUAUUCAUUUCCCCAAAACUCCAAACCCCCAAACUCGACAUUCCUCUUCUUUUUCUUCAAGUUCAUCAGACUUUGAUUGCUUGAAUCAGUUUUCCCCAUUUUGUAACUCUAAUAAAGCAGCUGCCAACGAUUCUUUGAACUUUGUUAAUUCGAACGAACGCCGUAGAAUCAUUGUUGGCCUAUCAAAGAUAAUCAAGUUGAAACAUGGAUAUUUAUUGCGGGGUUUUUCUGACAAGUUUUGUCCAUUUUUCAUGGUAAGAAUCAUGAACCUUUUCGGAACCAGAAAGACCGCUUUUGCAUUCUUUAAAUUUGCAUUUAGGGAUGAUUCUGAGAGUACUGUUAGAUCUUCUUGCAUUGUUGCGCAUAUUUUAGCUGCUCAGAACCUCAAGUUUCUUGCUCAAGAUGUGGUUUCCUGGGUGAUUAGGAGAAUUGGGGAAAGUAGGAGUCAGGAUUUGGUGGAGUUUAUGUGGGCAGGUCAUCAUAAAUAUGAGUCGGAUUUCUCUGUUCUUGAUACGCUUAUGCGGGCUUUUUUGAUUGUAGACAUGGGUUCACGGGCGUUGGACAUUUUGAGUAGGAUGAGGGAGGUAGGCGUGGUGCCAAGUUUAUCUGCAAUGACAAUACUUUUUAAGUUUUUGCUUAGAGUUGGUGAUUAUGGUAGCGUGUGGAAGCUGUUUAGGGAUAUGAUUCGUGAAGGACCUUGUCCUUCUAAUUAUACUUUCAAUGCAAUGAUUCAUGGCUUUUGCAGAAAGGGUCAUCUUAGGAUUGGAGAGAGUUUGCUUAAUGUGAUGGAGAAGUUUAAAUGCAAUCCUGAUGUUUAUGCAUAUAAUAUUCUGAUUAAUGCUAAUUGCAUUAGUGGACGGACUUCGAAUGCACUUGCUUGGGUCCAUUUGAUGAUAGAGAGGGGUUGUAAGCCAAGCAUUUUUACAUUUAAUACAAUUGUUAAUGCCUUGUGUUCCGAGGGAAAUGUGAUGGAAGCAAGAAAGGUUUUUAAUGAGAUUCAAGAGCUGGGUCUUUCUCCUAAUGUUGGAAUUUAUAAUUCCAUGAUCAAUGGGUAUGUUAAGGCAAGGGAUGUUGGUCAGGCAAACAUGCUUUACGAAGAAAUGAGAUCAAAGGGUAUAAUUCCUGAUGCCGUAACUUUUAAUAUUUUGGUUGCAGGGCAUUUCAAGUAUGGCCAGGAGGAUGACGGAGAUAGGUUGUUGAGAGAAUUAUCGACAAUGGAUAUGCUUCCAGAUCAUUCAUUGUGUGAUAUUUCAGUUGCUGGGUUAUGUUGGGCAGGUCGUUUGGAUGAAGCCAUGGAAUUUUUACAGAAUCUGCUUGAGAAAGGGAUGACACCAAGUGUUGUUGCUUUUAACUCUGUUAUUGCAGCAUAUAGUAGGGCAGGCUUAGAAGAUGAUGCCUACAAAGUCUACAAACUUAUGCUGAGAUUCAGCCUGGCCCCCUCAUCUUCCACAUGUAGUUCUUUGCUCAUGGGUUUGUCCAAGAAGGGGAGGCUGCAGGAAGCAAGGGAGCUUUUGUAUAAGAUGAUGGAGAAGGGUUUUCCCAUCAAUAGAGUGGCUUUUACUGUGCUUUUGGAUGGCUACCUCAAGAAGGGAGAUUUAGCAGGGGCUCUAGAUCUUUGGAAUGAAAUGCAAUGUAGAGCGAUAUCUCCUGAUGCUGUUGCAUUCUCAGCCUUUAUCAAUGGACUUUCCAAAGCUGGUCGAAUGGAGGAGGCAUAUGGUUUGUUUCUUGAAAUGUCAAACAAAGGAUUAAUGCCAAAUAAUUUUGUAUAUAACUCCUUGAUUGGUGGGUUUUGUAACCAUGGAAAGAUACAUGAAGCGCUGAAAUUGGAAAGAGAAAUGAGGCAAAAGGGUCUUCUUCCCGAUAUUUUUACGUCCAAUAUCAUUAUUAAUGGAUUUUGUAAACAUGCCAGGAUGAAGUCAGCAUUUGAUGCAUUUAUGGUCAUUGAUCGGGCAGGGUUGGUCCCAGAUAUUGUAACAUACAACACUCUGAUUGGUGGGUAUUGUGAAGCAUUUGACAUGGUUAAAGUGGAUCAGUUUAUGAAUAACAUGUAUGCUAAUGGGUGGGAACCAGACAUCACAACCUAUAACAUACGAAUUCAUGGUUUCUGUAGUAGUCGAAAGAUGAGUAGAGCUGUAAUGCUGCUGGAUGAACUUCUUUCAGCAGGUAUUGUUCCAAACACUGUGACAUACAACACUAUGAUGAAUGGUGUUUGUAAAGACAUACUGGAUCGUGCUAUGAUCAUAACUGCAAAAUUGCUUAAGAUGGCGUUUAUUCCAAAUGUCAUUACUACUAAUGUAUUAUUGUCCCAUUUUUGCAAGCAGGGGAUGCCUCAAAGGGCACUACUGUGGUGUCAGAAGCUAAGUGAGAUUUCCUUUGAAUUUGAUGAGGUUUCUUCUAAAAUAAUGGAUCAAGCUUACCGAGACAUACAAGAAGAUGUUGAGUUUUUUAGAGUAACAUCUGGAAAAGGCCUUCUCCUAGAAUUUCUCAUGUGCGUUACGUAUGAUUAUUUCUCUAGAAGCAGGCAUAAGCAGAAAACGAGUCCAGAGUCUCUUAAAUUGAUUGUGUGAUCCGAAGUGGCAUUUUAGUAAUUUAAUAACUACAGGAGCACUCUACAUCUGGCAUUAAUUGAACAUAAAAAGUGGGAACAGUUGGUAAGGAUGUGAAUGAUGGUUGAGAUGAUUGCAGCGGUCUAUCUGAGUUGCUUGCUGCACUUGCAACAAAAUGUGUUAAACUGAAAACACCAGAAGGAGAAAGUAGAAGCAAAGAACAGAGGUAUGGAAGACAUGCUGCCCUUGGGACUGAUUUACAAUUGCCGCCACUGAAACGUAAAAUGCUUUUUUUU